GUUUAUCCCUUAACUGGACUCAUUUAUGUCUCCCCUUUUUUAGAUUAUCAACUCUCCCAUUAACAAUUUAGUGAGAAUGACCAACAAUCAGGUAAAAAAGGAACUGAUUCCAUCGACUCGAUAGCCUUUCAUCGUCGACUGUCCUCAAGUGAACAUUUCCAAUUGUUAUUUAAGUUUCCAUCUUUUCCAUUAGAUUGUAUCUCCAUCAUCCAUAACAUCAUCAUCGAUCAACGGAUUUCAUUGUUCACCUUAAUUGUUUAUCUCUAAUCAUCUUGUUUGUUUUCCAUUGGUUAUUAUUAUUGUUAUUCUGUUCUCAACCUUCAAUUUAACAAUCGAUCAUCAUAAUGAGUCCAAAAAGUGGCCUAUUCUCCAUGAGGUUUUGCCUUCUCCUUGUGAUUGUUACAUUUUUAAUUGUUCAAAAUGCUGAUCAAUCUUUUGGGAUGAAGAAGAAAAUGAUUAAGAAAUUGAAAAAAGUUCUACCCCUUCUACUCGCCAUCAAGCCAAAGAAAAAGCUCCUAAUCUUACCUUUGCCCUUCCCCAUGAUGAUGAAAGGAAGUAAAUUUGGUGGCGGUGGAGGAGGAGGAAUGUCCUGGGGAAGUGGAAUGAGCGGAAUGGGUGGAAUGAGUAUUCCAUCCAUGGGAAGUAUGAGUAGCUACAUGUCAGCUCCCAUUCAAAUGCCUUCCUACGGCGGUGGUAUGGAUAAUAGUUGGAUGAUGAUGUCCUCAAUGGAUUGUGGAAACAGUGACUUUUAUGGUAUGGGCGGUGGAUCUUCUAGUUACACCUCUGGUGGUAAACACAAUAGUGGCAGUGGUAGUGGAAGCUACAGUGGGGCCAUAAGCGGUGGUAACAAUGCUGGUGCUGGAGGUGGUGGUGGUUGGAAUGAUGGUUCCAGUGGAAAUAAUUACAAAGAAAAUUAUUCCUCCGGUGGUGGAUCACAUUACCAACAAGGUGGAUCAACCGGUAACUCUUAUAACAAUGUUCAAAGGCCCAUCGCUGGUGGUUAUUAGUUAAUUACCUUCAUCUAAAUCAUGAUAAUUCAUCUUGAAACUUUUUUCUCAACCUUAAAAUCAUCACCUCUCAUCAUAUUGUGUCUCUCCUUUGUAAAGUCUUGUCAUCAUUUAAUCACAGUACUAAUCGCAAUUCUUGAAGAUAAAUUAUCGUAUCCUUACAAUGAACUUUAAUUGUUGUAUAAAAAUCACUACGGUUUUUAUACCUUUUCUCCUUUUAAUCAACUCAUGAUCAACUAAUUUAACUCAUUAACUGGUAAUAAACAAAAACAGUGGCCAUAAUUAUCAAAUAAUCGUUUACAACCCGAAAAGGGCUCGAAGUGGACAUUUCAUCUUCGUCCUUUUGACCUUAAAAUUAAAAUCAUCCUUUUAAAUAGUUGUAAAUGUAAUUGAACAACAAAAUUAUCUCCCAAUAAAACAUUCAAUUAACAUCUAA